AUGGCGACGCCGACGCCGAAGCGGUUCCGCGUCGUCGCCCUCGUGAGCGGCGGGAAGGAUGGAACUCUGGCCGCGAUGACGCUCGCGGCGCGCGCGGAGUGCGAGGUCGUGGCGUUGGCGAACGUGCGACCGUAUGACGAUGACGCGCACGAAUUGGACUCGCACUGCUUUCAAACCGUCGCGCACGAGUGCGUCGACGCGCUGGCGGCGUGCGCGGGCGUGGAUGUGUUUCGUAGACGCAUGCGUGGAGGUUCGGUGACGAUCACGCGGACGUACGCGCGGUCGGAUGUGAGGGAUGAGGUGGAGGACUUGCGGACGCUGUUACGCGCGGUGAAACGAGCGAAGCCGGAGACGAACGCGGUGUGCUCUGGGGCGAUCUUGAGUGAUUAUCAACGAUUGCGAGUGGAAUCGGUGUGCGCGGAUUUAGGGUUGACGUCUCUCGCGCCGCUGUGGCGCGUGGAGCAGCGAGAGAUUUUGAGACGGUGCGCGGAGGAGAAGGUGGACGCGCGGUUGGUGAAGACGGCGGCGAUGGGAUUAGAUCCGAGGAAACAUCUCGGGAUGUCUGUCGUCGAGGCGACUGGGGACUUGAUCAGGGCGGAGGAUAUGUACGGCUCGCACUGCGCGGGAGAGGGUGGGGAGUUUGAGACGUUGGUGGUGGAUUGUCCGCUGUUUAAGCGCGGACGAUUGGAGUUGACGGAGACGCGAACGGUUACGACGAGCGAGGAUCCGUUCGCGCCCACCGCGCACUUAGUGGUGGAUAAAUACGACGUGGUGUUGAAAGAAACGCCAGAUGGUGAGGUGAUUCCGCCUGGAAGGGUGAUUUGGGUGAACGAUGACGACUGCUUGGACGUUGAGGAAGAGGAAAAGGAGCAGAUGCAAAUGGACUUCAUCGAGAGGGACGAGCACUCGGAGGGGCAGGUCGUCUUCGAAAGUGCGUCGUGCCUCGUGCGAUACGUAACGAUAGAAAGGGGUUCAGUCGCGAACGUCUCAUGUUCGGCGAGGCCGAUGGACGGACGCGACGCGACGCACGAGACGUGCGCAGAGGCAAUUUUUCAGUGCAUGGGGGAGCUCGUCAGAAAUAUGCCCGUGUCAACCACGUUCAAGAAAAUUGCGAUGACCCAUGUGUAUCUCGACGACAUGAGUCAGUUUGCAAAGGUGAAUGCGGUGUAUUCCAAGUACAUGCCCUCGAUUGAACCGAGCGCUCGCGCGUGCGUCGCCACGUGUCUCUCUUCGGGUUCGAAGGUACAAAUAGACUGCGUUUUCGUAAAUGCGCACGUGGGUCCAAGAAAUUCUUUGCACGUGCAAUCGAUCUCAUCCUGGGCGCCCGCGUGCAUCGGCCCGUACGGGCAAUCGAUUUCUGUGGACGGUUUAGCGUACGUAGCUGGUCAAAUCGGCAUGGAACCGACGACGCUGGAUUUGGUGCCAGGAAUCGUUCCGCAGCUCGAGCGCGCAAUGCGCAGCGCGGUCGCGGUCGCCGACAUCACGGGCGCACCUCUCGGCGCGCGAUCUUUGGCGGUAACACUUUACACGAACGCAAAGUACGAGGACGAGUAUGCGGCGGCUGGCGCGUCGGCGCAUCCGGCGAACGUCAUGUUUGAGUCUUUUUCGCGCGAAGUUGAUUCAAGCGAUCGCGUGUUCUCUUGGCGACCACUCGUCACGCAGCUGGUCGUGACGGAUCUUCCAAAGGGUGCGAUCGGCGAGAUCGAGCCGAUUUUACUUGUCGACGAGGGUCCAGUCUCGCAUUCGUCGAUCAUCGAAGACGAAGACGACGUCGAUGUGCUUCGGAAGGAAUCGCGAGCAGGUGCUUCAUCGAUCCUUCCCGACCUCUCCGACGUCGCGUCCUCUAGUGUGUACCGGCCAAGGUGUUUCAUGCGAUGCACCAUCGUAGGAUAUCGCGACGUCGCCGUCACCUCCGUGCUCGACCACGUCAGAGAACGUCUUCAUGAGGCGUUUCUCACGCCAGAGCGCCUAAUCUCGUGUCGACUCUACCAUCGCGCAGAGGACGAGGACAUCGCUCGAGCAGUCGACGACGCCGUCCGAACGCUCGUUUCCGGCAUCGAUUGCUCUAAACCCCGAUGUAUCAUCGUCCCCGUCGUCGCCUGCGGCGUCGACCGAGACUUUGGCGCUUCGUUCGUCUUGGAGGCGUACGCCCAGUGCCCGUAG